AUGGCUUCAUCUAGAGAAGACGUGCAAAUUUCGCUGCACGAUAAAGCUGUUUUGGAAAGAAUAUUCAAUCCAAACUUGCCAAAUUACAUCGAUGAGGAUGAAAAAGAGGAAGAGUCUUUAGAAACCGAGGAUGAUUCUCCAGUUGUCAAAGAAUCUAAAGCUUUGGAGAUUGAAGGUGUAAAACUUGCGGAGAAAGGGGAUGUGACAGCUGCUCUGGAGAAAUUCAACAAUGCCAUUAACCUCAUGUCAGACCGGGCGUCUGGGUAUAACAACCGUGCUCAGGCCCUGCGUCUGAAGGGCGACACACAAGGUGCCCUUUGUGACCUUAAUCGUGCAAUCGAGCUGAGUAAAGGACGAGGAAAAACAGCUUGUCAGGCCUUGACACAGAGGGCUUUGAUCAAGAAACUAGAAGGUGAUUGUGAUGGUGCUUUAGAAGAUUUCAAGCUGGCUGCCGAUCUAGGUGGAAAAUUCGCCAAGCAACAAGUGGUGUCUAUGAAUCCGUAUGCUGCUUUGUGUAAUCAAAUGUUGUCAGAGGUCAUGAACAAACUCAAGUAUGGGGAGCAGUAAUUAUUUGAGUGAAACACCCCAAGCAACUGUAAUGCAAAAUGUGAAGACAUUUUAGUAGAUCAUGCAAUUACCCCUACUGGUGAAAAUCUUGCCUGUCAGUAGUUGAUAUUUGAUAGUUAAAUCAUGGUGAUUUAUUUUGGUUGCUGUUUGACUUCAUAAUAAAUUUACAAGACAUAUCAGAUUUACUGUUCAGUGAGUUGAUGAAAGGGUAAAUGAUAUGGCAAUGGUGCUAACAUGAAGAUGGGAUCUGACCAUUUCUGAUUCAUAUAUGGAUGUACGUAGAUUUGAGGUACUUUUGUUGAACUAUAUUUUGUUAUAUUGUAUGAUGUUUAUUUAUCUCAGUUACAAGUGCAUUAUUUUUUUUUCUGUCUUCUGAAGCGUUUUAUGUUUCUGUAAAUAUGGAGGGGCUUAGGUGUUUUUCCUGCAGCAUGUGUCCAUGGCCCCGGUUGGUGUGAUUUAGCGUGAUUUUCAGUGUGACGACUUCAAACUGACUGUAACCCAGAUGUAAUGGUUGAAGGAUUUACUCUAUGUGUCACACAAGCAUUUGAACUUUGAUCGCCUGAUCCUGAAUCCAGAAAGCACUCUACUGACUCAACUAAAGGGAAAUUACCACUAGCUUCCCCGUACUGCAACCGUGUACUCUGAAAACCUACUCCUGUUGGUACAUGUGGUUUGUCACUUUUCUGAACAAAAUUAAAUCUUUAAAUCAGUGCAUCCGUCUACAAUCCGUAUAGGGGGAAAAGGCUGCCACCUCUACUUAUAGGUCUAUGUUUAUUGGACGUGUGUGUCCAAUAGAUUUCUGAAUGUCAAGCUUUGUGAAGUAUUAAACUGCAAGACGAUCUUUGCCUCAGUCUUUACCAUGAUGAAAUUGCAUCCUGUCCUUCAUUGGGGACUGACGCGUUGAUGAACCCAUUCCAACCUACCAUCACACCUGCCUCUAAGAUUUCCUUGUAAUUAGCAGCACGUUUAAUGAGACACUUACCUUGCCUGUACAUGUACUAGCAAGCAUUACAGUGCACUGCCAUUUUGAAUUCAUAAUCUGGUUUUGGGCUGUAUUACGUUCAUAUGUAGUCCCUUUAUUUGUUUAUAUUUGAUGUUUAUUGAUGUUUUUGAUAUACAUGUACUGUAUUGCGGUUGUCUUGCUGUGAUUUAAAUUUAUUACAAGUGCUUUAUAUGUAUAUAGCUGCAAAUAAUAAAAUAUAAGGAGGGACAAACAUCACAUUAGCUGUUCUAAUUUGAACACUGUCUAGGGUGUAAUACACAAAAGGUUGAGGAGUUUCAGUGAUACCUCUGGUCAUGGUUCAAGUCCGGGCUGGGACAAUUUGCUAUGUAGUACAUAAUGAUGUUACAUUGUUACACAGAAAUACACGGGGGUUGUGUGUAUACUGUUAUUUUAACUCUGGUGGUCAUUAUUAUGCACUGUGUUUAUGGGGAUUUUGAUAUUGAUGAGGGUGAUAACUACAUCACCAGUUUGGUUGUGCCUUACAGUUUAUAUUUGCAGUGAACAUUCCCUGAAAAUGUUUCAAAGUGUUGCAGUACAUUUA